AUGACACAGGAAAAUCCAGACACCACCAGCGCCAACUCAUGGCACGGAGUUCCUGAGGUCAUCGCCCAUGGAGAACCGUGGGAGAUUGGAUACGCACACGGCAGCCAAAUCCCAGACCGAAUAAUCCAGUGCAUCAAAAACUACAAAACACUCUUCCACGAAACCGCCGAGACUGACUGGACCGAGUCAAAGGAGCGCGCAUCUACAUACCUCGCCGCCCUGCAACAGAACGAGCCGGAUCUCGUGGAUGAAAUGCGAGGCAUCGCCGCCGGAGCCGGCGUUGGGUUCUUGGAUAUUCUAGCUCUGAAUCUGCGCAGUGAGAUCUCCUUGACGAAUUAUUCUGAUGGGUGUACUUCUAUUGCGGCUGUGGCUGGGGAUGCUAGUAUGACUGGUUCAGGGGUAUAUCUAGGGCAGAACUGGGACUGGGUGGGCGAGGCAGCAACUUCAACAGCGUUUUUCGACAUCCGCAAGACCGGACGGCCUCGCAUCCGCAUGAUUGGGGAAGCGGGGAUCGUGGCCAAGUUCGGCAUUAACGAUGCAGGAGUUGGCGUGUGCAUGAAUGCUAUCAAAUGUGGGACAGUGGACAAGUCGCAGCUACCGGUGCACCUGGCGAUGCGGCGGGUUCUUGAAUGCAGGUCGUUUGACGAAGCAUUGGGUAUGCUGGAAAAGAAGGGAGUGGCCUCUUGUGUCAAUCUGAUGAUUGCAGACAGGAGUGGGAAGAUUGCGACUAUCGAGUGCACUCCAAAGGGGCUGGUACCUGUCUUUCCUGAAGAUGGAAGCUCGUUCGUAUUCCAUACGAACCAUCUUUGGUCCCCCAAUAUCCCUGCUGGGAUUCGGGAUCAUCCAUCCAAGAACUCGUUUACCAGGCUUGAACGCAUUAAGAGGCUAAGCCAUGGGGAGGUGGCUAGCAUGGGAAAGAUCAGAACCUGGCUUUCCGAUGAAGAAGGUAAACCGGCGUCAAUCUGUCGGUAUACACCACCUGGUGCUCGUGGGCUUGAGAGGAUGGAGACUUUGCUCACGGUCAUUAUGGACAUUCGAAAGUCAAAGGUUGAGGUAUCCUUUGGAAAGCCUAGUCUAUCUCCUCCUGUGCGGACCAUUGCAAUCUAG